UCAUAAACGACAGCAAAACAAGGAAAGCAAAGAUUCGAUGCGAUCUCCACCGACCAAAUCAAAUCCCGAAUGGACAAUUCUUCCAUUACUAGAAAAACCCGUUUUGGAUUAACCACCAUUUUCUUCAUCGUGUUGUUCUUCUUCAGCAUUCUCCUUUUCACCAAACGCACUCUCGAUCCCUCCGUUUCCGUUUACCAGCAAUCCUUUGCAGUCACCACCGUUCCCGGCCCACCACCGCCUGAGCCACGGAACUUAUCGACCCACCAUGAGCUUCUUCUUUCAAUUUCCCAAGCUGAUAAGCUUGAACCUUCUUCGAAUACCACCAGCAUCGACGAUUCACUCUCUGCUCCAGAGAAGCCGAACCCACCCGCAGAUGACGGAUCUAAUCCAGAGAAGCCGAACCCGCCCGUAGAUGACGGAGCUUCUUCAGAGAAGACGAACCCGCCCGCAGAUGACGGAGCUGCUACAGAGAAGCCGAACCCACCCGCAGAUGACGGAGCUACUUCAGAGAAGCCGAACCCGCCCGCAGAUGACGGAGCUGCUACAGAGAAGACGAACCCGCCCGCAGAUGACGGAGCUGCUCCAGAGAAGCCGAACCAUCCGCCGAGUAGCCUAGUUGUUGACAAUGGUGAAGAGAAGAAGAGGGAAACAUGUGAUCUUUACACUGGAACCUGGGUGAAAGAUGAAGAGUACCCGGUUUACAAACCGAGUUCUUGUCCUUUCAUUGAUGACGCUUUUGAUUGCCAUGGUAAUGGAAGGAAAGAUACCGAUUACUUGAAAUGGCGUUGGAAGCCUGAUGACUGCGAUCUACCAAGGUUUAAUGCUACCGACUUCUUGGAGAGACUAAGAGGUAAAAAGGUGAUGCUGGUUGGAGACUCAAUGAACCGCAAUCAGUUUGAGUCAUUCUUAUGCCUUCUCCACGAAGGCCUUACCAAUAAGAGCAAAAUGUACGAGGCCCGUGGCAACAAAGUAUCUAAAGGAAGAGGGUACUUUUCAUUCAAAAUCGAGGACUAUGACUGUACAGUGGAAUUUGUAAGGUCUCAUUUCCUUGUACGACAAGGAGCCCGCACUCUAUCGAUAGAUUUAAUUGAUAAGUCAUCUCGUAAAUGGAAGCGGGCUGAUAUUCUCAUUUUCAAUACCGGCCACUGGUGGGUUCAUGGAAAGACCGCCCGAGGGGUGAAUUACUACAGAGAAGUUGGUUAUCUGUAUCCUAAAUUUGAUGCUAUUGAAGCUUAUCGAAGAGCUUUGAAGACCUGGGGAAAAUGGAUCGAUGACAAUAUUAAACCCGCAAAACAGUUGGUCUUCUUUCGCGGAUACUCUUCUGCUCAUUUCAGAGGUGGAGAUUGGGACUCAGGUGGAACUUGUAACGGGGAAACUGAACCGAUUUUGAAGGGAGGGGCCUUCAUCGAAACCUAUCCUCCGAAAAUGAAAAUAGUGGAAGAAGUGAUUCGCAAUAUGAAGGUUCCUGUGGUACUCUUGAACAUAACGAGGUUGACUAACUUCCGCAAGGAUGGCCAUCCGUCGAUCUACCGCAAGGGCGCAACGGAAGGGAAAAAGGUUUCCAGAAGGCAUCAAGAUUGUAGCCAUUGGUGUCUUCCCGGGGUUCCCGAUGCCUGGAACGAGCUCAUCUAUGCCACUCUGUUCUUCAACGAACGAUUUUCGAGAGGAUAACUUGAAACUAUUCUGGGAAGGACAAUUCUAAUGCUUCAUAGCUGGGAACAAUACCUGAUUCCAGAAGUGGAUUCGGUGGGUAAUACCGGAACUUUUCUCGUUCCGAUAACCCAGUAAUCGGAACCGGCAAAACCCACCCAUGCAUGCUUGUCGAGAAUUUUACGAUUUUUAGAGUACAACCACAGAGUUCCGAAUCGAGUUGAAUCGGAACCUUAUUCAGGGGGUCAAGCUCUCUUAGGGUCUUUUAUCCGUAAGACUUGAAUUCAAAACGUUGUUUAUUACCACUUAUAAAAUGCAAUUAAUAUUUAAUAAAA